GCUGGGAGACAGCCGCCACAAACUCUGCCCCUAAGCUUGAGCUUUCGAGCAGCGUUUAGUGGCUACAACCCCUUGCAGAGCUCCGGGAGCUGCCGCCGCCGCCGGCCGCUGCGCCUUCCUCCUUCCCCAGCCAGUCCUGCCCGCCGGCUCGGUCCAGCCCUCCCCGGCCGGGGCGAUGCGCCUGAUCCAGAACAUGUGCACCAUCGCCGAAUACCCUACUCCGGGCAGCAGCGGCAGCGCCGCCGCCGCCUCCAUCGACUGCUGCCUGGGCGCGGUGUCGGGCCGCCGCCUCGUCAAGAUCGCCGUCGUGGGGGCCAGCGGAGUCGGCAAGACCGCACUGGUGGUACGAUUCCUGACUAAACGGUUCAUUGGCGACUAUGAAAGAAAUGCAGGUAACCUUUAUACCAGACAAGUCCAAAUAGAGGGAGAAACACUGGCGAUUCAGGUUCAAGAUACACCAGGAGUCCAGAUCCACGAACAAGGGUUGAGCUGCAAUGAACAACUGAACAGAUGCAUCCGCUGGGCUGAUGCCGUGGUGAUCGUUUUCUCCAUCAUCGAUUACAAGAGCUACGAGCUCAUCGGCCAGUUGCACCAGCACGUCCAGCAGUUGCACCCGGGCGCCCGGCUGCCCGUCGUCAUCGUGGCGAACAAGGCCGACCUGCUCCACAUCAAGCAGGUGGAGCCCCAGCACGGACUGCAGCUAGCGAACAUGCUGGGCUGCACGUUUUACGAAGUGUCCGUCAGCGAGAAUUACAACGAUGUCUACAAUGCCUUCCACGUCCUGUGCAAAGAAGUGAGUCACAAACAGCAGGUGACUAGCACCCCAGAGAAGAGGAGAACGUCCCUCAUUCCCAGGCCCAAGUCCCCCAAUAUGCAGGACCUUAAGAGAAGGUUCAAGCAAGCCCUGUCUGCAAAAGUGAGAACUGUCACCUCAGUCUGAGAGCAAAACUUUGGAGAGAUUUUGGUCUUCCGAGGAAGUAGUCCUGAAGUUCCCAUCCCAGAGCAUGGAAUUCUGGUACUUCAGGGUCUGCGGAAGGGCUGAACCUGACGGUCCUUCUGAACUGCUGCAGAAAGGGAAGAGCCCUUUUCUUAGCAGGAAGAACCGAGGAGCCAUGAAAAAGCCCGAGAAGUGGUUCUAGCAUGUGACCAGCUGGAUGAGUGCUGUCCCAAAGGGUUGGGCCUCUCUGAACCAGUGAAAUAAUCUGUGUUGUCUUUCCUUGUGGGGUGUGAGUGCUGUAGUGUAUGUCUACACCUGCCUCCUUUGUAAAGAAGCUAGUCAAUUGUAGUUUCACAGGAAAAGUACAGAAACGCCGUGAUUUACAAUGAGACUAGAGGAAGUUCUCAUCCCCUCAUCCCUGUCCCACAAGACUUUUAAGUUGCUAGUGCUGAAGCACAAACAAUUAUUUGCAAGAUGCCGUUCUAAGUUAGGGGGCAACCAGAUUCCUUCGUGGAUAAGGAGCAAAAUGUUUCCCAUGAAUAAAUAGCCCUGUUGUGUUUCUGGCCUCUAAACUUUCUGUACGACCAACACAGACAUUUGUAAACUUACACAAAUGUAAAAAAAAUCUAGUUGAUAUUUGCUUGAAAUACGAUGGGUGUGAUUCGCCGGGUCCAAAAGAUGCUGUGGUUGAGUAUGAUGCUUCAGCCAUGGAUGCUUAGUAAUUGUUAGUAACUGUCCUAUUGUUUCCUUCUGUUUUGACAUCAGGUGAAGAAAAAAAGUGGAUAUCAUGUUCAUUGAUUUUGAUGUGAUUUGUAUAACGGACUCUUGGCGAUGAAGUUGGGCUGCCUUCUAGGCUUGGCUGAGCCAUGACUGGUGGCUAAAUGCUAACGCACCAUCUUGCAGCGAGCAGAUGGGGAUGGGGGAGGUCAUACGGUCCCCAAACCUAUGGAGAUGCACUUUAAAAAGCCACGUGUGCUUUUGCUUAAACUGUAAUUAAUUUAUUUUGUGUACAAUAAAAAGGUCAUCUAGAUGAACAGA